GCCAAGUGUUCUCAAUAAGUCAACGUUAUUCCUCACCUCAAGCACAAAAACCCAACUUUUCCCUUCAUAUUCUGAUCUCUCCUGGAAAUGGCAGAUUCCUGUGUUUAGGGUGUGUUCUUGUCUUUAAGCGGUGUUGAUAGUCGCAAGAAAUUCAUGGGCCACCUCUUGGCGGCUUUGAAGCGGAAGAAUUUUAACACAUUCAUGGAUGACAAUGGGCUCAGAAGAGGAGAAGAAAUUGGUCCCGGAUUGCUCAAAGCAAUCGAGCAAUCAAGGCUUUCCAUUGUCGUAUUCUCAAAAACACUACACGUCCUCAGAUUGGUGCCUUGACGAGCUUGUGAAGAUCAUGGAUUGCAAGAGGACACUCAAUCAGAUUGUUAUUCCCAUCUUUUAUGACGGUGAAGCCUCCGAUGUUCGAAAACAGAAGGGUUGUUAUUCAUUCGAUCAACCAAAUCCCAGUCACAGAAUGCAGUUCGACUUGAAAUCGGUGGAGAAAUGGAGGUCGGCUCUAACUGAGGCUAGCCAUUUGUCCGGUCACGUCCUGCAAAAUGUGGCCAACGGGUGUGAGUCACCGUUAAUUGAGAUUGUUGUUGAAGAAGUCGCAGAUAAUUUAAAUCGUGAAUGUUUAAAUGUUGCGGAAUACCCAGUUGGAAUACAACAUCGUGUUGAACAACUGAGUGAGUUUCUAAACUUGAGGCGGGCAAAAAAUGAUGUUAGGAUUGUUGCCAUAUGGGGGAUUGGUGGAAUAGGUAAGACUACAAUUGCUAAAGCCAUGUAUAAUAUCAUAAGCCGUGAGUUUGAUGCUAGUAGCUUUCUUGAAAAUGUUGCACAAACUUCUAUGCUAUCCAAAGGCCUUGUUGAAUUACAAAAAAGGCUUCUUUGUGAUCUCCUAAUGAAUGAAAAUCGGAAAAUAACAAGCAAGGAUAUUGGAAUUGUGCUGAUAAAACAGAGAGCAUGGGGUCGAAGUGUUCUUGUUCUGGAUGAUGUGGAUAACAUCAGCCAAUUGAGUGCAUUGGCCAUAAAUCGAGAUUCGUUACAUCCUGGAAGUAUAAUCAUAAUAACAACCAGAGAUUUGUCGUCAUUAAGUUCGCUUCGAUUGGAUAAGGUGAAUGAGGUGUAUGAGCCUAAGGAGUUGAAUAUGGAGGAAUCUCUUCAACUCUUCUGUUGUUAUGCCUUUAGGAGAGACCAUCCUGUAGAAAACUCUGAGAUGCUCUCUAAGGAAGUAGUGAGUUAUGCUAAGGGGCUUCCUUUAGUUCUUCAAAUUUUAGGUUGCUUUUUGUCGUACAGAACCAUUCUUGAAUGGGAAUGUGAAUUAAACAAGUUGAAAAAGAUUCCUCACAAUGAUGUUCAUGGAAAAGUUAGGCUGAGCUUUGAUUCACUUGACAUUGAACGAAAGGGUUUAUUCCUACAUAUUGCAUGCUUUUUUGUUGGAAUGGACCAAAAUUUGUCAAUCAAAAUACUAGAAGAUUUCUACCCAAAAUCUGGAAUUGGGAUUCUAUCUCGUCGUUGUCUUGUAAGCAUUGAUGGGCGUAACCGGCUGGUGAUGCAUGGUCUGAUUCAAGACAUGGCUAGAGAAAUUGUCCGGCAAGAAUCUCUUGAAGAGCCUGGCGAACGUACUAGAUUGUGGUAUCAUAAAGACAUUCUCACUGUAUUGAGGAAUGACGCGGGGACAAAAACAGUUCAAGGCUUAGCCCUGAACUUGCCAGAAUCAGAGGAGGUAGAACUAAAUGCAAAGGCGUUUUCAAAGAUGGAGAGGUUGAGACUGCUUCAUCUCAAUUAUGUCCAUCUAAGUGGAAGCUGCAAACAUAUCUCUAAAAGACUUGUAUGGCUAUCUUGGAAAGGAUUUUCUUUAAAAUAUAUACCAUCAACCUUGAUUUUGGAUAAUCUAGUUGCUAUCGACUUGAGCUAUAGCAACCUCAAACAAGUUUGGAAAGAACUAAGGUUUUGUGCAAAUUGAAAUACCUCAAUCUCAGUCAUUCCUAUUUCUUGAUCGAAACUCCGGACUUCACAGGGCUCAGCAGUCUUGAGGAAUUGUUGCUUAAUGGUUGUACAAAUCUGGUAGUGGUUCACUAUUCUAUUGGAUGUUUGAAUAAUCUUCUUGUUUUGGAUCUGAAUAACUGCCAGAAUCUUGAGAAGAUUCCCCUGAGCAUUUUCAUGUUGAAGUCUGUCACUGAUGUCAAUCUGUCGGGCUGCUCCAAAUUACAUUGGCCAACAUAUUUACAAAGAUUGCCGCUUGUAUCAAGCUUUUCUUCGUUACGGUUAUCAAGUAGCAUCAGGAAAUUAGCAAUGGAAGACUGCAAUAUGACACGUGCCCAGCGAAAUUGGUAGUUUGAUGUCCUUGCAAGUUUUGAAUCUUCGCAGAAACAAAUUUUCUAAUCUACCAGCUACCAUCUCUACCCUUCCACUACUAAAGGUCCUUCUUGUAAAUGAAUGUAGUUGGCUUGAAUCGAUUCCAGCACUUCCAGUAAAUUUAUUGGGAUUGAGUGCACACUACUGCUCAUCAUUGCAAAGCAUACCAAUGGAAUCAAGAGCAGCAGAAGCAGUAUUCAUUACUUGUUACGGUUGUCCCAAAUUAGUCAACAACAAUUUUGCAUAUAAUUUUAGAAGAAAUGUACUCCAAUUUCCGGUACGCUACUCUCUCUCUCUCUAUAUGUAGUAUUAGAAAUCAAUUAAGCCUGAGCUCAUGGGUCCAAUGUAGGGACUGCGAGAAAAAAGUCAGUAUAAUAUUGUUGUUCGUGGGAGUGAGAUUCCAAGGUGGUGCAACUACCAGAGUGAUGGAAAUGUUACAUGUUUUUGGGUGCCUCAGCUCGUGGGCCAGAUAAUACAAGGGUUUAUUCUCUGUGCUGCUUUUUCUGGCUGCUGGGAUCGACAUAAUUGCCGUUUUGAGCUUUAUUGUGAGGUUUUUAAUAGAACCAAGAAGUAUACUUUUCCAUUCCGUGGAGAAAUAGUUGUUACCGAUCAUCCAAAAUACGAAUAUCAACAAAGUUUUGAAGAUCAGAUGUGGCUCUCCUAUGUACUAAACCAGAAAGAUUGGCGUUGUUUGCAUAAUCGUGUUUUGGACGGUGGAGAUGAAGUGGAGAUAACAAUAAGCAAGAUUACCCCAUCUAAAAACUUGUGGGUGAACUAGUGUGGGGUUAGUCUGGUUUACAAGGACGAUGAGAAGGAUCCAAACUCGUAUGAUUAUGAUGCCGCCUCACAUCACUCCAUUACUGUUGCCGCAGACGGUCCUCCAGUUGAUGAAAAUGUGCUUGAGGUAAGGUCAUUUCUGCGUGAGGCUCGUAUUUUUACCACUCUAUGGUAUAUGCCUAUUCCUCAAUAGUAGAGAGUCCUCCUGACAUGAACUUUGUGAGAAUUUUAAAGGGUUAAUUUCACAUAACCUCGUGUCACUUGUGUAAUAUUACAUUGUUCUGACAAGCACAUGAACUUGUAAAAAAAAUUCAUUCCUGUUUUGCUCAA